ACACAGGUGUGUGUGUUUCUGUCUACCUUGCCUAUCCGCAUGUUUUGUACAGCCAGGCUAAACCCGCAAUUCGAAGUCACUUCAAUACCAGUUGACGCUUGCAACUUAUCCCCCUUAGCAUUUUUUUAUUUUUGAUACAAAACAACACACAAACAAGUGCACACACAAGCAAACCAACCAUACAUAAAAUCGCCAACCGCGCUACAGGGCCUUGACGGCGUGAAUCGAAAAGCAGCUUUGUCUCCAUGACAUUGUGAAAUGCACCUGGGUCGGAGAAUCCGAUUUUGUUCCUGCCCUUCGUUUCCCGGAGAAGAAAAAGUCUAGGACGGGACAACUCCGCGCCGACCACCUAAUCAACACCUUUUUUCGAGAGUGCUGCUCAAGAGCAGUGCACAGCGACCAGAACAAUGGACGCCAGCUACCUGUCCCAACAGGUUAACACCAUAAUAGACCAACUGCAUGGUCUGUUUGACGAAAUUGGAGUUCCCAGCCAUGAGCGCGAGUCGAGGGAAACCGAGCUCUUCUCCGCCUUGUCGGAUACUCUGCAGAAGCAGGUCCGCUCCGUCAACUCAGAAAAAAAGGCCAUGGUAGAAGAAGCACAACGCAUCAUUACCAUCAUCCGCCAAAUGGAAGCAUCCCUAGACGAUUCCCAAUCACAUCGCGACUAUUCCUCAGGCGACGAUCUCAAGAUCACAUAUCCUUUAACUAGGUGUCUACAAGGCCUAAAAGAAAAGCAUCAACAAAUCAGCAAACUGCACAAAGAUCGCUUCGAGCAAGUAAAGAAACUUGUCGUCGCCCUCGAAUCAUACUCAUCCCACCUUGAAUCUAGUUUUGUCAAGCUCCGGCUACCGCCUACUGGACCCAACCAGUCAAUACCUCCCGACUUCGAUCUGUCCCCUUCUUAUGUGCAAAAGCUGGAUGACGAGUUCACCCGCGUAUAUGAGGAGUACACCCGCCGCGUUACGACUGUCAAGGCUAUCUGCGAACACAUCAUCUCUCUCUGGGCAGAACUAGGCACCCCGCAAGCUCAGACCGAUGGUGCCAUCGUCAAAUACUACCGUGACGCCCCUGAGCAGCUUGGACUCCAUGAGGAGGAUAUUGCCCAGUUGCGAUCAAAGCGCGACAAGCUGGCUGAAGAGAAGAAAUCUCGUGAGAAGCGUCUGCGGGAUCUCAAAGCGGCCGUCGAAGCGCUUUGGGAGAAGCUCGGCAUCGAGGAGCACGAGCGCAAGAAGUUCCUCAACGCCAAUCGCGGGUGCGGCGUCCGACAGAUCAACGAGUUUGAGGACGAAUUGGGCCGUUUGAACGAGCUCAAGCGUCAGAACCUGCACUUGUUUGUAGAAGACGCCCGCUUCAAGCUUCAGGAGCUAUGGGAUGCCCUGUAUUUGUGCGAGGACGAGAUGCUGGAGUUCACCCCUGCAUUCUCCGAUGUGUACAGCGAUGCCCUUCUUGAAGCUCACGAGCGUGAAAUUUCUAGGCUAGAAGCACUCAAGGAGCAGCGAGCACCUAUCUUGGCCCUGGUCGAAAGGCACCGGUCUCUGGUGACUGAGCGGGACGAUCUGGCCGCAUCUAGCCAAGAUGCCUCCCGGUUGAUGAUGAAGGGUCAGAAGGGAGAGAGACGUGACCCAGGAAAGCUGCUCAGGGAAGAAAAGAUGCGUAAAAGGAUUGCCAAGGAACUACCCAAGAUCACGGUCGAGCUCCGCAAGGGUCUUGAGAAGUGGGAGGAUGAAUGGGGCCGCGACUUCUUGGUCCAUGGCGAGCGGUAUCUGGACGUCAUCGAGGCAUCCGAGUCCAAGCCCGCCGUUCCACCGAGGUCAAAGACACCAGGCGCAGGAGCUGUCCGAACAGCAGUAUCAAUGGCGGGCCCAGCAGCAACCACCAGGCCUGGGACAGCAAUGAAGUCCAACGCCCCGCCGAGUCGCACCAACAGCAGUGCCACCCGGCCUACCACUGCACGACCGCCCUCUCAACACGCGACCGCCAAGACGCCGACGACAGCUACCUCGGGCACAGGUACACUACGUCGAGCUCCUCAGCCGACCGCUGGACACACCACAACAUCAAAGGGAAGCCCUUCGCGAAUCCCCGCUAGGGCACCGCUGUCGAACCUUAAGCACGGGAAUAACUCCCCCGAAAGGCCACGGCCAGAAUCCAGAGGCGACGCCUUCCGCAAUGCUCCGCCUCUUAUGCGAGCACCGCCGCCCAAAAUGAGGGAUCUCGUACCUCCUCCGGAAGCCAGGCUGGAAACGCCGCCCAGCCCAUACAGGCGAGAGGACUUUGGCAUGAGCUCCAACGUCAGGCAGGUCGAGACCGACGACAUAUACGACGAUCGCAACGAGCGCUCACGCCAGCUGCAGGCCCGGACAAAAUCCCAUCAGGACCUUCGCGGUUCGCACGAAUCAUACGAAUCACACACAUCCCGCGACAAGGCCUAUGCGCAGUCGACAUAUGCGCACGCAACGUAUUCGCAUCCUCCUAGACAAAUUUCAAACACUUCCACAGCCGUGUCUGGAUCUGAAAACUGGGAAACGUACGACGAUAACUCAGAGCCCGAGGCGGAUGCGUCCGAUAGCUACUAUGAAAAGAUGCGCGCUGCGAGGGGCAAACGGAUGACACCCGAGAUGGGUUAUGCGCGGCCGCACGCGAGCCAGGCUAAGCGCCCACGCGGACUGCCACCUGGCGCACAUCCGAGCCUGGCAAUGGUUGACCCCGAGGGCACCAGGAUAGUCAGCGGAAGCGAGUGGACCGACGAGGAUGGUUUCUAAUGGAUCGACGACGACUUACAUGGCUCAUGCGGCGUAUGUGAUGCUGGCUUUCUGCUCUGCGAACAUGUCUCAUCAGUUACUUACUUGCCUUCUUUUAAUUAUUUUCUUGCAUGUUGUUUUUAAGGAUCGGCUUUCUGUGCUGGUCAUACAUAUCUCAUUCUCUGGAUAAAAGAAAAGGGGUGUUACUCGACGGCGAUGGCUGUUUGAUGACAAUCGUUCUUUGUGUCCUCCUCUCUUACUUCUUCUUCUCCUUCGACUUAUUUGUCACCUUGCUCUCCAUUUCCUUGUUACAUUCUGUUGUUCAUCUUUCAGCUUCUUUGCUCCUGUCCACUGGAUAUCGGGGCACUUCUUGUCAAUGCACGCACUCUCAUACCGGCGUCUUUUGGGGGGUAAUGAUUUCAGGGAUCUCGGAAGCUAGGCGCUCGACCUGCCAUCUUUCUAUUUCAUAGAAGUACACACUUUGUAUUGCGAUGCCUUUGGACCCGGCAUGUAUGGCUGGGCUUCAUAUACGUAAAUGUGCCCCUUGACCAGGUACCUAAGAGGGGCACACAACGGAAAUACAACCAAUGAUGGUGUAAAGUGACAUCAAUAAUUUUUUUUGGGUGACUGGUUCGCAUGCAUAUCUUGAUCU